AUUGGACGUCCCUUGCUUUUGGUGCAUUUUAAACUUCAAAAUCCGUGCACAGUUUCAUUUUAGGAAAAACAAUGUUAAAUUGAAUUUCUCCUUGAAUAGCCUGGGAGACCAAACUCAGGGCCUAUGAUGAUUAGAACAACGCGAGAUUUCUUUGAUGGCUAACGUGAACUGACGUGAACUAGCUGCAACAACCACUGUGACACCGGUACUGGUGAUCCACCUCCAGCUGCAAAUCGUCCCUCCGGUGGUCUACGUCUGAUAGAGAGAAACGUAUAAACUAACCACCCACAGAGGGGUCCUGUCUGCUGGCUUGAAGCGCCCUCCUUGCCCCUCGGACUGUCCGCUGCUCUCGUCCUUUAAUCGGCCAGCCUCAUCCAGCCCCACUGUGGAUCUUUAGCCCCUCCGGCAGGACAGUGGCAGAGGCGGAGCCAGAGCCAUCGGGGACCAUAGCAGCAGGCAGCAGGGCUCCAUGAGCGCCACGGGGCAGCAGCAGCAGCAAGGGGGGGGCCUGCGUUCUCGCCGAGGCCUUGGCCGGGAAAAGGACCCUGGGCCGGGCCUGGGCAUGGAGGCGGCCUGCUGGCUGGCCCCCGGAGUGCUGCGCAGGCUGAUCGAGCUGCCCACACCCCCCCUGUCCCGACACCAGCUCAAGAGACUGGAGGAGCACAGGUACAGCAGUGCGGGGCGCUCCCUGCUGGAGCCGCUGAUGCAGCGUUACUGGGAGUGGUUGGUGGGACGAGUCCCCGCUUGGAUCGCCCCCAACCUCAUCACCAUCAUCGGCCUGGCCACCAACGUCUUCACCACCCUGGUGCUCAUCUACUACUGCCCCACGGCCACUGAACAGGCUCCUCUCUGGGCGUACCUGCUGUGUGCGGUGGGUCUGUUCAUCUACCAGUCGUUGGACGCCAUUGAUGGGAAGCAGGCGAGACGCACCAACAGCAGCUCUCCGCUGGGCGAGCUGUUCGACCACGGCUGUGACUCCCUCUCCACCGUGUUUGUGGUGUUGGGAACCAGUAUAGCCGUGCAGAUGGGCACCAACCCGGACUGGAUGUUCUUCUGCUGUUUCGCCGGGAUGUUCAUGUUCUACUGCGCUCACUGGCAAACAUACGUGUCAGGAACGCUGCGCUUCGGCAUGUAA